GUGAAGAGGAAGCCGACCAGGAGAGGGCCCCUUGAGCAGCUGCUAAGAUGGGCAUGAGGAUCAAGCUGCACAGCACCAACCACCCCAACAACCUGCUGAAGGAGCUCAACAAGUGCCGGCUGUCGGAGACCAUGUGCGACGUCACCAUCCUGGUGGGGACACGCUCCUUCGCGGCGCACAAGGCCGUGCUGGCCUGCGCCGCCGGCUACUUCCAGAACCUCUUCCUGAACACGGGGCUGGGAGCUGCCCGCACCUACCGGGUGGACUGCAGCGCCUCGGAGCAGAAACAUUCCCUGGAGGAGAUGCGGAGCGGCAGGGAGCCCUUUGCCUCGGAACGGAGUUACGUCCUGCCUGGAGAGGUGGCAGGCGGCUACAAAGAGGACGACCGGAAUCCCGGGAAUGAAGCCGGCCAGACUCUUCCCCUCGUGCUUCAGCAGCCUCCGAAGAUGGAGCAGGAAGCGGAACAGGGGCAGUUUGUUCCUGCCACGAGCGUGGCCGCCCAGCCCGGCCUGGGCGCCGUCAACGUUGUCCUCCAAAGCGCCCCGGGCUCCUGCCAGCAGUUCAAAGUCCAGAGCAAUGGCGACUACGGCAAGGGCGGCUUCUUCGCGGCCGACGCCUCCCUGGACAUCUCCAUGGGGAGCAACUCGUGUCCCAGCAACAGCGACCACUCCAAAGAGCCGGGAUUCGGGCACAUGGACGAGCUCCGGCUGGAGGACCUGGGGGAGGACGAGCUGCAUUUCGAAGAUGCCAGCGAGGAGCUGGGCCCCGCGGAAGAGGUUAUUGAGCUGAGCGACGACAGCGAGGAGGAGCUGGCCUUCGAGAGCGACAGCAGGGACAGCAAGGCCAUGCCCUGCCAGGUGUGCAAGAAGAUCCUGGAGCCCAACAUCCAGCUGAUCCGGCAGCACGCGCGGGAGCACGUGGACCUGCUCACGGGGAACUGCAAGGUCUGCGAGACCCACUUCCAGGACCGCAAUUCCAGGGUCACUCACGUUUUGUCCCACAUCGGGAUCUUUCUCUUCUCCUGUGACAUGUGUGAGACCAAGUUCUUCACGCAGUGGCAGCUGACCCUGCACCUGGUUGGCGCUGCCUGUGGGAAGCCCUUGGCCAGGGAUUUCCACGCUGUGCGCAGCCACGUCCUGGAGCACGUGAACGUGAAGAGCCAAACGUGCGGCGUGUGCGACCAGCGGCACCUCAGCCUCUGCAGCCUCCUGUGGCACGCGCUGGCCCACGUGGGCGUCUCCGUGUUCUCCUGCUCCGUGUGCGCCAACAGCUUCGUGGAGCGGCACCUCCUGGAGAAGCACCUGGCCGUGCACCGGAGCGCCGAGGAGGCUGUUUUCCGGUGCCACUUCUGCGGGCAGAGCUUCAAGCUGGAGGCGGCCUAUCGCUACCACGUGAGCCAGCACAAGUGCGGCGGCAGCCUGGACGCGCGCGCCGGCUUCGGCGAGCGGCUCCAGCCGCAGGGCCUGCAGAAGAGGAAGCUCCCGGAGGAAUUCCUGAGCGAGGACGUGGCCCUGCCGAGCCCGCCGGGCAACAGCAAGUACAGCUGCAAGGUGUGCGGCAAGCGGUUCGCGCACACCAGCGAGUUCAACUACCACCAGCGCAUCCACACCGGCGAGAAGCCCUACCAGUGCAAGGUGUGCCACAAGUUCUUCCGCGGGCGCUCCACCAUCAAGUGCCACCUGCGGACCCACGCGGGCGCGCUCAUGUACCGCUGCACCGUGUGCGGCCACUACAGCUCCACGCUCAACCUCAUGAGCAAGCACGUGGGCGUGCACAAGGGCAGCCUGCCCCCCGACUUCACCAUCGAGCAGACUUUCAUGUACGUUAUCCAUUCCAAAGAGGCCGAGAAAAACACGGACAGCUGA